AUAUACUUAGCGGCACUAUUCCUUUAAUCUAAGUUAUUUCUUUAAUAAAAAUUCAUGUCUUUGCACGUGCAUGAUUUGACGUCGUUUUAUUCCAGUUUGUUACUUACAUAGAAGUCAAAAUUGCAAAUUUGCUGCACUUGGUUGCACUCAACUUAUCUUCUAUCAUAAAAUUUUUGCCAACGAAAUCAAAAAAUUUUUAAGCCAAUUAAAUAUUUCUUUCAACUGUAAUUUACAAUGGCGAAAACGUCAGAGGAUUUGGUUGUUAAUAUAGUCGUCGGUUUAAUUACACUUGUGGUUGCCGCUUUCUUUGCUAUUGUUCUUUUCAAAAUCAUUAAAAAAAUCUUCAAUUAUUUAACGCAAUCUAAAUGCGACGAUAUGGUGGCAAAAUUCAAAAGUCAUUGCAAAAAAUACAAAGUUCUGGGCUUUGAAUGUGAAUGGGUUACUGUAAAAGGCGAACGUAGGCCUGUGGCUUUAGUGCAAUUAUGUUCCAUUAAACGUUUUUGCGUUUUGUUUCGCUUGAAUCGCAUGCUUUGGAUACCGGAAAGUUUAAGGGCAUUGUUGGAAGAUGAAGACAUAAUGAAAGUUGGUGUUGAUGCUAUACUAAAGGCAAAAAAACUGGCGGCAGACUACGAUAUAAAAGUAGCUGGUGCAUUUGAUUUGCGUUAUCUAGCACGUAUGACUAGACGCAAUCCAGAGAACCUGGAACAAAUGACCUCUUCCGUUCUACAUGCGCAAUUUGAUAACUCUUCGUGGUCGCUUGCUCCGAAUUGGGAGGCCAAACAAUUAUAUCCCGAACAAAUCGAAGAUGCUGCUAAUCGAGCUUAUGCGGCCGUGGAGAUUUUUAAGAGUUUAGCCUUUGAGCUGGACCCGAGUGAUCCCUGUUGGCAUCCUAACGGUGAUUUAAGCAUACACUUAUUUCGAGCCAAUUUUUCGCAAUUAUUGGAUCAUCAUUUUGACGAGUUGCAGCCAGUUCAGUACCCAAGCUUACUCGAUCGUUUUGAGGUACAUUGUCCAAGCGAUAAAUGCUUGCUUCUUGCACCAGACGACGAGUUCGUAUGUGAAGUCGAUAAAAGUAAAGGCGAAUGGUAUUUGAAAGAGCAUCUAGGCACGAAAGUUGACUGUGAAAACUUCACAGUGCGUGUAAAGCAUUUUCCACCUAUUCAGACCAUAGGUUAUUAUCAGGGAUCGAAUGUAACUCGAUGCCAUAUCUGCGGAGAGACGGAUGCUUUUGUGCACAAACCUGUGGUACCUCACGAGUAUAGUAAGCAUUUUCCAGGUAAUUAGUGGGAAGCUUCUUACAAUUUUUAAUUUAAUUUAU